AUGAACUUCUUAUUUUCAAAUUUAACCUGGGAUCUCGUGACGAUCCUGUCGGUUCUGAUGAUUGUGACCGGAUUGAUCGUCUGCGCCGUCCUUCUCUCUGGGCAGAAAGCCUCAUAUGGACGCUACACAGAGCAAAGCACGGUUAGUUUAAACAAAUUUGGACUUGUUGGAUGUGAAAAUUGCAAUAAUUGAGUUUCCAACUCGGGGAAGUUGUUUAGCCCGCUGAACUUUUAAUGAAAUUCCGCUGAAACAUACUUUGAAACCUCUUGAUUCCAGUACAAAAACAGUUCCUUGCAAUGAAUUCUGUUUUUAAACUAAGACGCAAAUGACGGUUUUUUAAUCAUAAAUUGCGUAUUUUGCAAACAUUGAAUCUCCAUGAAUCGGAAAAAGAUGUGGCGCAAAAAAUUGUUUUUGGUCUGUAAUGUAAACGUUUUAAAGUACAUUUCAGCAAGUUUCGAGUUCAAGAAGGGGGGGGGACCAAAAAACGUUCCCUAGUCAGCUCAAAAUUUCGCGCACUUCGCACCUGUUUUUUUCAGAAAGAUAGGAUUUUCCCCUUUCAAACAUAGUUUAUUUCAGUUGAUGGUUCCCGCAACGGUUUCAUGGGUCGUCCAAGAAGGCCCAUCGUUCUUUAUCCCGUUGUACUUUCUGAUUUAUCACACGCAGAACACCUAUGGCGCUCUUCUCCUUGCUCUUUUCUUGGUUCACUACGCCAAUCGGUGACUUUACAAUCUUUUCUAUGUUUUUGAGCUAAUCAAAGUUUUAUUCUAAAUGAAAAAUCUAUUGCAGAACCUUCAUCUACCCGUUCAAACUGCGAACCAAAAACGGAACGCCUUGGUACAUUUCCUUGAGCGCAAUUGCCUUCUGCUGCUGGAACGGCUACAUCCAAGGCGCCUGGAACUCCCAAUUCCAGCCGUCUUACACUGAAGUCACUGUCCCUUGGUUCUUCCUUUCUCUUCUCGGUGAGGACUUUUUUCUGGAUUUUUGAAUUGAAGCACUUUGCUUUCUGAACGAAAUGCGUAGGGUAAUAAAUAAGGUUUUUGUUAUAAAUAUGUAAAUUCACCUUCUAAAGAAACUUGACUAGUUUCCGUUAGAUGUCCCUAAUUCCCCUCAAGUAAACUUUGAAAAAAAGUUUUUCUAGGUGCUCCAUGAUCAAAAAUUUUUGAUAUAUAUUAGUACCAAGCUUAGUACUUUUUUUUUUUUUUUGAAUAAUUUCAAUGGGAAAAGAAACCUUGAAUCAAGGUUCAGCGUCUAAAUCAAGUUUUACACGUAUUUUUUUCGAUUACUUUGCGAAAUAAGUCCAAUUACCUUCAUUCAGUACACAGUGAAAUUUAAAUUCAGAUAAAGGCUAUGAUUUUCAUUUUAAAACAUUUUCAGGCAUCCUCAUCUUCUUCAAAGGAAUGCACAUGAACAUCCAAGCCGACAAUAUCUUGCUGAACUUGAGAGAGCCUGGAGAAACCGGCUACAAAAUUCCUCGUGGUGAGAAAAUUUUAAUGAUAGGAUGCAAUUUUAUCAACCGGUUACAGGUGGAAUGUUCGAGUAUGUUUCUGGAGCCAACUACCUUGGCGAGAUCGUGGAAUGGACUGGUUAUGCCUUGGCCGCUCAGAGCCUUCCAGCCGUCGCUUUUGCCAUCUUCACCAUUUGCAACAUCGGCCCCAGAGCGAUUCAUCAUCACCAGUGAGUUACAAUUCUCCUUUUUAUUAUUACGAACCAAAAAAAGCACAAAAAAAUUGAAAUUUUUUUCAGGUGGUAUCUCAACAAGUUCAAGGGCGAAUAUCCGACGGAACGCAAAGCCUUGAUUCCUUUCAUUUUGUAA